AGGUGGAGUGGGCAAGGGAACGAGGUGGCGAGGGGACGGUGGGCCCUGGGCUGGGCCGAGCCAGGCGGGGCUGGCUGGGCUUGCGGGCAGAGAGCUCUGAGCGUGGGGAGGCUAGAGCCCGUACUCCGCAAGCAGAGGGUUGGGAGGAUCAGCCGUGGCCGAGGGACCUGCCCCCGCCCCCGGACGAGAGGGGUCGGGGUGGAGGCCGGAGGGGGCAAAACCAGGGUGGCCGGAAGCAGAGCUGGGGGUCUGCAGAAGGGCAGGUAAUGAAUAGGGAGAAGAGAAGUAGGAGAAUGAAUGAAUGGGAGACCCCGGGAGCAUAUGGGAAAGGGCAGUAACGGGAGUCUGGCGAGGCAGGGGCCACGUGAGGGAUAUCGGGAGACAGGAUGUGCAUAAGUGGGAGACUCAGGGGGCAGGGAGAAAAGGGAGUGUGAACGGAGGACUAGAGAGGCAGACCCGGGGACCCAGGAGAAAGGGGACGGAGGGGAGCGGGCUCAUGGGAAAGAGGUGAAGUGGCUGUGGGAAGGACGUGGGAGGCUCCAUGAGGAGGCCUUUUAGAGUUGAAGAGUCAUAGCCACUCACGCCCAGACUGGAGGCCUAGUUCCUAGCUCUGUCCUUGGGAAUCGCAGGGAGCAGGAGUGGUUCCCUUGCCAGGAGCUGGGGAAUUGGACCAUCAGGGUCGUCUUCGAGAUUCUUUCCAGGGAGGACUUCAGUGGCCGUCUCUGGAAUGCCUUUCCUAGGCCCAUAAGCUUAGCUUCUGACUCCGCUCUCCCACAUCCCACACGUCAGACAAAAACAACGACUCCCAGGAAAUCUAUGUGAAUUGCAGACACGUGGUCUUCUCCGCCCCGCUGCGGCUGCUGCACUUUAGGCAGCCAGCAUCCCGGAACAGAGCUGCAGCUCAUUAUCCUGGCCUCUGGGAGGAGUUUCUUUCUCCUUAUGUUCCAAAUCACCCUACCUGAGGUGCCCCCUCUGCAGAUUCCCAAACCUAAUUUGCAGUGCAGCUUCUGACUCUGGUGGCUUUGCCCUGUAUUGAGCUGAGAUGGCUCGAGCCUAACAUUCCAUGAUCCAGGAUCGUGACAGAUGUGCACAGGCUGCUGCUGUUGCUGCUGUGGGUAAUUUGGAACCACGAGGCACCCCAGGGCCAGAAGACGAGGCAUUCUGUCUGCCUGGAUGUGUGGGAACUCUCUGCCAACUUGAUUGGUGGAUCUGGGGGGGGAUCCACCCCCACCCCACGAGGAAAGCACAGUUUGUUUUGUGGGUGGGGCUUCAGGUGCCAGCCAGCUGAAGGAUGGCCACCCCUGUGGUCACCAAGACAGCCUGGAAGUUGCAAGAGAUCGUCGCGCAUGCCAGCAAUGUGUCCUCACUGGUGCUGGGCAAAGCCUCCGGGCGGCUGCUGGCUACAGGUGGGGAUGACUGCCGCGUCAACCUGUGGUCCAUCAACAAGCCCAACUGCAUCAUGAGCCUGACGGGCCACACAUCCCCAGUGGAGAGCGUCCGCCUCAACACCCCCGAGGAGCUCAUCGUGGCUGGCUCCCAGUCGGGCUCCAUCCGUGUCUGGGACCUGGAAGCUGCCAAAAUUCUUCGCACACUCAUGGGACACAAAGCCAACAUCUGCAGCCUGGAUUUCCACCCGUAUGGCGAGUUUGUAGCCUCUGGUUCCCAGGACACAAACAUCAAGCUCUGGGACAUCAGGAGGAAAGGCUGUGUCUUCCGAUACAGGGGGCACAGCCAGGCCGUGCGGUGUCUCCGGUUCAGCCCCGAUGGGAAGUGGUUGGCGUCGGCCGCAGAUGACCACACCGUGAAGCUCUGGGAUCUCACUGCCGGCAAGAUGAUGUCUGAGUUCCCUGGUCACACGGGGCCUGUCAACGUGGUCGAGUUUCACCCCAACGAGUACCUCCUGGCCUCCGGCAGCUCUGACAGGACAAUCCGUUUCUGGGACCUGGAGAAGUUCCAGGUGGUGAGCUGCAUCGAAGGGGAGCCUGGGCCUGUCAGGAGCGUCCUCUUCAACCCAGACGGCUGCUGCCUGUACAGCGGCUGCCAGGACUCACUGCGUGUCUACGGCUGGGAACCUGAGCGGUGCUUUGAUGUGGUCCUCGUCAACUGGGGCAAGGUGGCCGACCUGGCCAUCUGCAAUGACCAGUUGAUAGGUGUGGCCUUCUCCCAGAGCAACGUCUCCUCCUACGUGGUGGAUCUGACGCGUGUCACCAGGACUGGCACGGUGGCCCGGGACCCUGUGCAGGACCACCGGCCCCUGGCACAGCCAUCACCCAACCCCAGCGCCCCUCUCCGGCGCAUCUAUGAGCGGCCCAGCACAACCUGCAGCAAGCCUCAGAGGGUGAAGCAGAACUCAGAGAGCGAGCGCCGCAGCCCCAGCAGCGAAGAUGACCGGGAUGAGCGCGAGUCCCGCGCGGAGAUCCAGAACGCCGAGGACUACAACGAGAUCUUCCAGCCCAAGAACAGCAUCAGUCGGACGCCACCCCGGAGAAGUGAGCCCUUCCCUGCACCCCCAGAGGACGAUGCAGCCACAGCAAAGGAGGCAGCAAAGCCCAGCCCUGCCAUGGAUGUGCAGUUCCCGGUGCCAAACCUGGAGGUCCUGCCCCGGCCCCCAGUGGUUGCUUCCACACCUGCACCCAAGGCUGAGCCUGCCAUCAUCCCUGCCACCCGGAACGAGCCCAUCGGGCUGAAGGCCUCCGACUUCCUGCCCGCCGUGAAGAUCCCCCAGCAGGCCGAGCUGGUGGACGAGGAUGCCAUGUCACAGAUCCGCAAAGGCCACGACACCAUGUGUGUGGUGCUCACCAGCCGCCACAAGAACCUGGACACCGUGCGGGCUGUGUGGACCACGGGCGACAUCAAGGGCCACACUGUCCCCCACUGCCCCACCCCUGACGGUGCUCUGUUUGCACAGACGUCGGUGGACUCCGCUGUGGCCAUCAACGACCUGUCGGUGGUGGUGGACCUCCUGAACAUCGUCAACCAGAAAGCCUCCCUGUGGAAGCUGGACCUGUGCACCACGGUCCUGCCACAGAUUGAGAAGCUUCUGCAGAGCAAGUAUGAGAGCUACGUCCAGACGGGCUGCACCUCCCUGAAGCUGAUCCUGCAGCGGUUUCUGCCCCUCAUCACAGACAUGCUGGCGGCCCCACCCUCUGUGGGUGUGGAUAUCAGCAGGGAGGAGAGGCUGCAUAAGUGCCGGCUCUGCUACAAGCAGCUUAAGAGCAUCAGCGGCCUGGUCAAGAGCAAGUCAGGCCUGAGCGGCCGCCAUGGCAGUACCUUCCGCGAGCUGCACCUGCUCAUGGCCAGUCUGGACUGAGGAAUGCAGUGGGCAGGGGCGCUCGGCAGCCCACAGGGCCUGGCCUCAGCCCCCACUCCUGUUCCUUGUGCGCCCACUGGCCCAUGAGCCUCUGCCUGGCCCCUGCCGCUGUCCUGUGGCCGUCCUGGAGGAGGUGAUGCUGGUCCCUGGCCACCUCUACAGCCCUGAACUCUUGAGACAACUCUCUCCAGCAAUAGCUGCCCAGCUUUGCCCAACUGUUGCUUCUUGGGGCAGCGAACUGAGCCCUGGGGCUGCUGCUGUAAUUUAUAAGGCAAAUUUUAUUAAAUUUGUAACUAUU